ACUAGCCGUCUCUAUGAAGUCGUACGCAAUGGUUUGCGAGACCGUUUUCAUGCACCCUCGCUCCCUCACCGAAUUGUGGUGCGAGCUUGAAUGGAAAAGGCGGCUGUGUCCACACCGACCGCGGAAGUCUCGACAAUACCGCGAACCGGCUCACCGGCACGUAGCUGCGUCCCUCCAUUUGUGGCUUGAUGGUCCCACCGGCCAGGCUCGUCUCACUCGAAGGCGGCUCUGUUUCGCGAGUACGGACGACUACGAUGUGCCGCCGCCUUGUUAAGUGUCUAUGGACACCGUUGUUGUUCGCCACCGCAUGCACGGCGCAGAACCUGGUUUCUAUGGAAGAAUGUGCGCGGGGCAAUGGCGUUCCCGGAUUCAAGAACUUCACCAUCUAUCCCUGCGACAGUGACCCAUGCGUGAUCAAGAGGGGUGAAACCUACAACGUCACCUUCUUCGCUGAAGCCACCGCAAACGCGAAUGUCGUCAUGCUGAGCACCAGCGUCCACCAGCAGUCCAACGCCACCCUGGUCCAGGUUGGUCAGACGGUCAGCUGCCACUUCCGGGACUUCCCCUGCAACGUGACCAAGGGAGAGCUUUUCCGUGGAAGUUACAACUUCGGCCUCAGCUUCGGCACUUUCGCUCCUGAGGAGGUUACGUAUUGGGUUCAAGUCGGCACCUACAAGGCUAUGUUCGCGUGCGGCCGGGCCAAGCUGAUCGUCGAGUGA